UCCUGAGUGAGAGGAUUUCCUGCAGCAGAGUGCAGUGUGAGACUCGUCUUCUCUCUGUUUACAAAGAAGAGCGGACAGCGCCGUUCAAAACCCGCUGCCGAGGCUCACGGAGGAGAAGAAGAAGAAGAAAAGAAGCAGGAAGCGACGCCGGGGGAGAAAAAAAGGGACGCAUUUUAUUCGGAGGGGGUCUUGGGAAAACCAUCCUCAUCCUCCCCAGCAACAUCAACAUCAACAACAACGUCGAGAACUUCGAGAAACCCUGCCCUCCUCUCCCACAGCCCCCUCACCUCUCUUCCAACAACAACAACAACCACCACCGCCACGAAAAACAGCAAAGCAGGUUUUUGUUGCGUGCGUGUGUGUGUGUUAUUGUUGUAAAUUGCAGUCCAGCACGGUCGGCGAGGAAGACGCAGCGGCCGCAGGAAAUGAAGGACAAGCAGAAGAGAAAGAAGGAGCGCACGUGGGCCGAGGCUGCCCGCAUGGUUUUGGAGAACUUUUCAGAUGCUCCCAUGACUCCAAAACAGAUUCUGCAUGUCAUUGAGACUAAAGGACUCAAAGAGAUGAGAAGUGGCACGUCCCCCCUGGCCUGUCUCAACACCAUGCUCCAUUCCCAGUGCCGUGGAGAGGACGGGAUGUUUUUCAAGCUGCCCGGCCGCCUGAGUCUCUUCACUUUGAAGAAGGACGCUCUGCAGUGGUCCAAGAAUCUGACCGUGCAAGAAGGAGAGGAGACGGAAGACCGGACUGAAGUGGAGAGCUGCGACUCCACCGAAACCACCACCACCGCCAGCGCGGAGAAUGACGUGUCUCUGGAUGAGACCUCCUCCAGUGCCUCCUGCUCCACAGAGCCUCAGAACAAACUGAGCAGAGCCGCUCAGCAUCCGCAGACAGGAAGACAGAGGAAGAAGGGAGUCCUGAUGCCGCGUGUCGUGCUGACUCCCCUGAAAGUGAACGGCGAGCACGUCCCCUCAGGUUUCCCUGGAAAACGCAGGGAAGCGGAGUCGAGCAGCUCCUGCAGCAGUAACUCUCCCGUGGCCUGCAGCACCUCCCUGCACGGCAGGGCGGACCUGAGCCGGAAGCACGGCCAGCACUUCAAAGCCAUGCGCAAGGCUCACCCAGGCUCCAUGAAGAGGACCCGGGGGGUGGAGGUUGAUUUCGAGACGCCGGGCUCUAUUCUGGUCAACACGAAUAUCCGCGCGCUCAUCAACACGCGGACCUUUGCUGCCUUCCCCCCGCACUGCCAGCAGCAGCUGCUCUUGCUGCUGCCCGAGGUGGACAGGCAGGUUGGGCCUGAUGGGCUGGCACGCCUCAGUAGCUCUGCACUUAAUAAUGAAUUCUUUGCACAUGCUUCUCAAUGCUGGAAGGAGAGACUUGGUGAAGGUGAAUUCACUCAUGAGAUGCAGGCGCGAUUCCGUCAGGAGAUGGAGAAGGAGAAGAAGGUGGAGCCGUGGAAGGAGAAAUUCUUUGAAGAUUAUUAUGGUCAGAGGUCCGGAUUGACCAAGGAGGAGUCCCUGAGGCUCACGACGGGAGAGGAGAACUCGGAGAACCAGGCCGGCACGGCCCCCCCGGUCGCCCCCCCGAAGCGCCGCGCCACGGGCCGCAGGCGCAAGGACGGCCGGGUGAGGCGGCGCUCCAGGCCGGACCUGCGGCGGCGAGCCCGGCGGACUCUCUGCAAGCAGCCCAAGGCGCAGGAGGAGAAGGGGAAGCCUUUCCCGGCCGCGGCCUCCUCCGCCCCGGGCGUCGAAGCUUCCUCUCAGGUAGAGCUGCAAACGGACCCGAACGGCCCCCCCUCCGAAGCCCCGGCGGAGACGGACGCGCCUGUCCCUGCCGCGCCGCUCUCGGACGCGGAGCUCUCUCCGCGCCUGCCUCCUGACAGUGCCUCCUGCUCUCUCGAAGGGCAAGAAGCCAGCCCUGCUGUCACUGCUGAUGCCCUGGACCACAGGGCCAUCCUUGCUGCUGCUGCUUCUGCCCGCAGCCUGGACAGCGGCGCCGAGGUGAAGGACCAGAAGAGGAAGUCCGACGAGCCCGCGGCCUCCACCUCCUUCCCCGAGAAGAAGCCCCGCCUUGAUCAGUCCUUUCGUAACACAAUUGACUGUGUUCACUCAGAAAAACCACAGCCCACCAAAGAAGAGCCCAAAGUCCCUCCUAUCCGGAUUCAACUCUCCAGGAUCAAACCUCCCUGGGUGGUUAAAGGCCCACCAACCUACCAGAUAUGUCCCCGCAUUAUCCCUAACAGCGAGGCUCCCAGCCGGGGCCGGACUGGGGCCAGGACUCUGGCUGACAUCAAAGCCCGUGCCCAGCAGGCCCGGGCCCAGCGAGAGGCCGCUGCUGCUGUUGCAGCCACUGGUGAAGGCGCAGGGCCCGGGGGAGGCCCAGGAGGAGGGGGUGGCAGAGAGCACCCGGAGCCUUUUGAGCCAGGAGGCGGCCAGGGAACACUUGCAGAGUCUUCGUCACAACAUCACUCAGGAGCACAACUACUGCAGGCCCCCGCUGAGGUGACAGUGAACGAGCCCCCAGCAGUGGAGUGUUUAGAAACCUGCGAGAUUGCUCAGUGGGGAACAAUGCCCAGAAACGAAGUGGAGGCUCCAGUUCCCUCUCCGAUUGGCAGUCCCACUUCUCCUCCAGGUGUCCUAGCGCACCUGCACGCAGAACCUGCUGAGAUAACGCCCUCGGCCGCUGAUGAUCCGGGCUGCUGUGGAGCUGACCUCUGCAGAGAAGAGGCGAUGGCAGCUUGUCAUGGCGGUGAGCCAGAGGAGCCUGCAGACACUCAAAACCAGGUGGUGGACAUGGAGACCGAGUCCGAGUCUUGCGUGGAAGAGCCACGUGAUUCAGAGGAAGCCGAGUGCCGAGAUAGUGAAGCUGGGAGUAUUUCUGUGAUGGAAAAGUGUGCCGAAAUGACUGUGCUGGCACCCACAUCUAUACCAGACACACUUCCAAGGUUUGGAGCCCGAGGAAUUGAUGCCAUAAGAACUUUAACUUCGUUUCACCCCUUAGAGGGUGGUCAGACCUCUAAAGAAUUAAACGUAGAUAAAUGCAAGAACGGUGGCAAGAAUGGUUUCAAAGUUGCUUCCCAAGAGCCAUCUUUUCACACUAGUAUUAUGUCGGGAGCGAUGGGUUUCAGUGAUGCAUCACGUCACACGAGUGGGGCAUCCCAUGUCGAACUGGAGAGGGCAGAUGGCUCCCCUGAAACAUCAGCUUGUGUUCCAGAGGACUCUGGUUUGCACAGCGACUCCACUGAAACUGCUUCUGACUUUGAAGAUGAGUUGAGUGAGGAUCAGAACACCUAUGCUGAAGCAGACUUGGACAGUGGGCGCAUGCCUGAUUCACAGUAUCAAGCUGUCCACUUGCGGCCAGCGAACGACCGGAAACUGAUCGGCACGUUGCCCAGAGAGUCUCUGGCAAGACCCCGUGAACAGUCUCGCAAUGCGAAGGAAAAGGCAGAAAAUGGCCAGAUGGGAACAGCCAGUAAAGCCCAGGUUGUUCAUUUAACAGGUCAGAGAGGUGUCGAGGCCCCAAAAAGGACUCUCAGCUCUGGUCGACAAGUGUCCUCCGUGGAAGCGAACAACCCCCUUGUCACGCAGUUGCUUCAAGGCAGCCUUCCACUCGAAAAAGUGUUGCCACUGCCUCAUUCCGUGAGCAAGCUAGAAAUCAGUCGAGUGCCCUUACCUCCUCAUGCGUCACGUGAAAGUUGCCCUCAAAAGAUGGAGGCUCCCUGUUUUAGAGGCAGGCGUUUAGGUCACUCAGGAACUGGGGGCGUAGGCGAGAGCCACAAGGCUUGCGCGUCGUACAGUGACCCCUUGGUGCCCUCACACGUUACCUCAAAUGGAAGUUCCCCUUUUGGGGGCCAGACCCUUUGCUCUCUCGGUCAGAUGCCUGCUGCUGCGAUUCCCAAAUGGCAAGAUGAUGCACCAGCUGAGGAGGGGAGGUCCGCAUGUUUGUUUGAGGAAACCGGCGAAGUAGCGGCAUCUCGGGCUGCUCCACAGCCGUUCGUUUUGCUGGAGAAUCCGGCCGUGGGGGGAGGCCUUCCUUUAAAUCCACCAGCGUCCUCCAAGACCCAUCCGGGCUCCGCCGCUAAACAAAGCGCCGCCCUUGAAACUGCUGAAAAUAAGGAACGCUCUGGAGUUCAAGCCCAGAGAGCUACUUCUGAGGAAUACAGCGCAGAAAUGGCUCCGCAGCCGAAUGCAGGCAAAGCCUAUUGCAGCAAUACGUCGGCCGAGGGAGCAUCUCCUCCACAAAAUGGCUUGUGUUCAGCGGACGUUGUGCCCACUGUUAAAAUAAACUGGCUGCCAAAGCAAUCCGUUGUUAAAGGCGAGAACCACCCUUCUUGUCAAACUCUUCCCAAAAAUUCCACCAGGAGCACAAAAGAGGCGCCGAGUUCCGCGCAGCCCAAGGACCAGUUCCCAGCAGGGAUGCUGAAUAUGGAAAUGGCUCUGAUUCGGUUGGCGAAGGAGCCCGGAAAGCCCUCCCCGUGCCCUCUGGAGGCUUCCUCCAUCCCCUUCCAGCUGAGCAUCCAGCAGCAGUUCUACGGGAAGCUGCCCAGGCUGCAGUACGGCCCCGGCUCGGGCUUCAGCUACACCGCCAACAUGUCCGUCGUGGACACGGCGCUCACCGGCCUCUCCAAGAACAUCGCCAACAGCGUGAUGCAGCUGCGCCAGAGGAGCGGCUUCGCCGGGGGGGCGCACGCGGCGCUGAGCAUCCAGGCCUUCGCGGAGAGCAGCAUGGAGGAAGUGGCACUCAAGUGCUCCUGCCGGCUGAAAGCCAUGAUCAUGUGUAAGGGCUGUGGCGCCUUCUGCCAUGAUGACUGUAUAGGGCCUUCGAAGCUAUGUGUAUCCUGCCUUGUUGUUAGAUAGUUAACAGUGGGCACUGGGGAACUGGGCCGGGUCGGGCAGGGGCUGUUAUAUUCCAUGAUGGUCUGUAUUUUUACUGUGGCAUAUAUUUUCUAAUGCUGUUGUUAAGUGAAUGCUGGGCACAGUUCCUUUUGUGUAUUUUUUUUUUUUUGUUCAAACUUUACGGACCAUAACCCUUUACCUCUCGUCUCCUUAGACAUUAUUACUCUGUACAUUGGCAACUUGUGUCUCUCCAGCCUGAUUGCACUUUGGAGAAUAGAGAUCUGUUCUUUGUGUCUUGUCAGUCUUUCAAAGAGAUAUUUUUUUAAUAAUUAAAUGAAUAAAUUGCCUUUGUUUUCCAAGUACUUUCUUUUUAUCUGUAUUCAGCAGUUAAGCACAGUAUUAUAAUAAACCUGGCAUUGAGCUGAUCUGUUGUUCUGUAAAUCCAAUACUUAAGAUGUCAAUGUGUGGUGGACUUCACUAGAGCUCUAUUAAAGAUCGUCUGCUACUUGCUGAGUAAUCGUGAAUGUUAAGUGUCUGAUGUUGCAGAGAUGUCUGUGGUGCUGUUGGGUUUGAGAGGGUCUGGUUUAUUUGUAACCAGCACAUGUUUUUAAGUGCAGCUGAAAUGGAAUGGAAAUAUUACCCAAGGUACUUCUCAAAUAAUACCCUGAGUUCUCAGCGUCGUGCACUGAUCUUUCCAUUUUAAAUGGGAUAGUAGUCCAGUAAGAGUUCUUAUUGCAUGCUGCGGGUACUUUAAUGAAUAAGAUUUAGUAACUGUAUCUCCUGAUAUUUUUUAAAACAAUCUUAAGUCGGUGGACACAUUAGCUCCAGUUGUGUUUAAGAGCCGGAUACCACCUGCAGUGUUGAAUCUGAUGAUCUGGAAGGUGCACAAUUUCUAACCGGUAAUUUGUCUUUUCUUCGCUAAGAAGAAAUUCCCUCCUGCUGUUGACUAGUGCAGGACAUGAUAAAGGAAGUUACUUCCUCAGUCAUGCUUGCGCAUUGUUGUGUUUUUUUUUUGUUUGUUUUUUUAAGGAAGAUCCUUUCUUUUUAACCACUGAGAUGAAAAAUGUAAGUUUUUAGUCUGGGUGACAUUAAUGUCAGUGGUAUACAAAAUUAACUUGCUCCUAAUUUGAGCAGUUCUAAGAAGGAUUGUUAUUCUUGGUUUCAGUUAUGUUUAGCGGUUUAAAGAAAAAAGGUGCAUUGCUGGGUCAUCUUAUUCAGACGCUGGUGGAGCUGGGGAUUUCAUGGAUGCUUAGGUCUGUAGUCACUUAACCCUUAAAUCUGCUUCAGCUUGUAACGUAUAGGACAAUCAUCCCUCCAUCCAUUUUUGAGGUUGCUUUAUACAGUACAGGGUCACUGUGGCCUGGAGCCUGUCCCAGCACGCAGUGAGCGCAAGCAGGGCUUGCCCUUGAUGGGAGGCCAGUCCAUCACAGGACACAAACACUCACACCAGGGCCAGUUUUCCCAGGAGCCGUUUAACCCACCAUCAUGUCUUUGGCCUGUGGGAGGAAACCGGAGCGCCCAGCGAAAACCCACACAAGCUCGGGGAGAACAAAGACAAACUCCCCACAGACAGCCCCCCAGGAACCGAGCUCAGGGCCCCAGCGCUGUGAGGUAGCAGUGCUGACCAUUGUGCCACUCUUGCAGGGUCAUUAAACUGUUAUAUAGUGCCUAUAAAACUAUUUCCUCUCAAACUGCUUCAUUUUGAUGCCGAAAAUGUCCUGAAUCGUUUUUUUGGGCCGAGCUGCUUCGCGAUCAUCCCAGUUCCUGUCCUGGGAAGCAGAUCUGUAAACUAAUGGAGCUGCAUUUGUAUGCAGGGCAGAGAGGAAUCUGCUUACCUGAGACCGAUUAAGUAACCUUCUCUUCCCCAGUGAGGACCAUUAGCAUUUCAAACCCAGCAAAACCUCCUUCAUUUGCAUAAGCACCACACAACCUGCCUGAAACAUCCCUCGCCUAAACUGGCCUAAUUUUUUGGAGUGGCACUUUCAAGUUGGUGUGCGCUAAAUAAGUCUCGACAUGAGCACGGGCUGAUGAGUUAAAAAAAAGCCUUUUCACUCCCAUGAGAAUCAAAUGUUUAUUACAAAUGCUUUCCAAAUGAAGGUAUUGCCUUUAUGGGCAGUUGGUUUAAAUGUGUAAUCAGAGUCUUCUAGACACCUGGUACAGAAUGCAUCUGUCUGACAGGAAAAUGCGCAUCUACAAGCCAUCAAUUUUUUGAUGCUUUUGUAUCUACAUUUACCUGGUCCUUGAGCUUUACAGCUCAGCGGCAGUCUGUGCUUUCAGGGAGAAAUGAUACAUGCAAUAAGUUGGAAUUUCUUUUAGUAGAAUCUUUGUAAUGCUGCUUUGUACGUGAAAAAAGAAAAUAAAGCAAUAAAAUUGGUGUGUGUGGUUUAUAGGGUAGAGAGACAUGCUUGCUUCUCUCUGUUCAUCAGCUUUCAUUAUCUCUGGAGUGGUUCCCUCUUUCUCACCCUCCAUCCCUGGUGUGAGUGUAUAAUUCGCUGAUCAGGGAUGCACUAGUCUCAUCACACCCAUGUGCAGUUGAAGGCAUUUUCUCAAACUGCUCAUUUUGACACUUUUUCUACAGUGUCGUGUGUGUCUGGGGAAAUGCUCAAGACUGGCCUUUUUAGUAAGAUGUGGGCACAAGCUUUGGGAUAUUUAUAGAAAUAUUUAAUGGUUGUAAAUAGACUGCUAACAGAACACUUGUAAAUGUCUUAAUGAUUUCUGAGCUACACUUAGUGUACUGUACUUUUUUACAUGCACAGGAGAACUGUUUUUAUCUGUAUGUAGUUUAUUGAUGGAUAGUUCAGUUAAAUCGGUCCAAAUGGCAAUUGGUUAUCAACCUAAAAUGUAAGCGAAGCAGUGAUUGUACACUUCCUACAAUGCAUUGACCUAAAACAAUUAUGCUGGCAUUGCUUCCCUUAACUGGCAAAGAUGUUGAACUAAUGAACUGUGCUCAGUCA